AUGGCUGCCAACAUCGGCGUCAAUGCUGGCGGCCAUGCAUCACUGGACUACCGGCUUCGCGAUGGCUGGGAAGCGCGCAAGGUCACCAUUGAUCUUCUCCAGUCACUACAAGAUCACGCAAACAGAGCAAUCGAGCUUGCGCAGAGCAAUAACGGUUCCUCAUGGGUCACGCAGAUUGUGGAAAGUCCACAUGCAGUCUCUGAGACAGCUACCUCCACAACAGGAGUACUUUCGUCCUUUGCAGGCACUGAGACCGAAUCUUUGAACGAGCUGCUUGAGCUUGAGCCAUAUGAACAGCAUGUCCGAGGUGUUGAGCAGGCAAUCGACCGUCUGUAUCGCGUGUCCCUGGCAAUCCGCCAAGCAUCGAUGUUAGGCCCAAGUGAAGCUGCAGCGAAGGCGAAGAUGCGUGAUGAGUACGGAAACGACACCGAAGCUGCAUUCGAGCAUACGUCUCCACCCUUCUGUCCCAUCGCCUGCCAGACGCUGAGCCUUUCCUUCUCACGCGAAUGGCCAAAGCCAUCACUGUUCGACGACGGCGAUUCAACUACAGAAGUCGGCAUCAGUCCAAGCUAG